AUGAGCUCCUCGACCUUCGGCGACCUACGCCUGCUGCCCGUGGACUACCACCGCCAAGUGGCCAGGGAAGUGGCUGCAUUCUUCCACUCCUUCUACCGCUUCGGCGCUGCCUCCAAUCGCUUCGAUCUGGGGGAUGCAGCUUACCUGGAUUUCCUACACAACGUUCUCUUUGGCUCCCUGUGCAUCGGGGCCGUCGUCUUCCUCGUGCUCUGCGUGGUCGUCGUGCGCCGCACCAUCCUGCACAUCCGCAGCGCUUUUGUUCGACGCACCUCGAUGGAUUCCACGUCCGUAGAGCUACUGGCUGUCGGACUGCUGACCUUCCUGGCGAUAAGUGCACUCGGGGGCCUGCUGGGAGAAGCUCAGGUGGACUACAGCGCCGGCGUCGUGCUGGACACCAUGACCAACACAAGUGAUCUGUUCCAGGACGCUCGAGAGCUCACGACUCAAAGUCUACAGACCAGCAACGCCUUGCGUCUUAAUGCUGAUAAUUUAAUCACGUCAUUCAACGACAGUGAACUGCCAGCUGAAGCUUUCAAGAUGUCGGUGGAGGCGCUGAGACUCGUGCACGCGUCCAAGGAACUAACGAACCUGACAGACGCGCUCCUGCCCAAGAACUACUCAGGCAUUGCCAAGGAGUGGGAGUUCAGCUACUUCGUACUCAAGUCGUCGACAAACGGUGCCAUUCUUGCAGUGGCGUUGGCAAGUUUCCUAUCGAUUGCGUCAGUAGGCUGGGCCAUGGUCUCACCACUGCGUGUCUCGAUUCUGGUGAUCUUGAGUGCUGUACCCAUUUCGCACACGCUGAUCGGCGCGUACCUGUCAUCCACGAUCAUGACGGCAGAUUUCUGUGCCGCUCCAAUGAACAACACGCUCCAACUGAUCGGCGCAACGCCCGUUGUCGCCUACUACGUCGAAUGUCCAGCCAACGCUUCGCUGCCUUUCACAGACGCUGUAGUCAGUCUGGAGCGCAAGGCUGCUCACCAGGGAGAAACUGGUCAGAGAAUGAAGAGGGAGUUCCUGGAUCCCAUUGGCACGCAGCUGAGCGACGUGAACAAGAUGAUGACGGAGUUUGUAGCCUCACAGACGUGCAAGAACGUGUCGAGAGCGUUUGAAUAUGCUGCUACCACGUACUGCGAGUUUGGAAUGCUCGGCUUCUUCUCCAUGUGGGUCCACCAGAUCUUGCUGUGCCUCCUCCUGUUCGUGUCCGUCGUGGUCUCUGUGCUGGUCUACGAGCGCGUGCAUAUCCGCGAGAUCCGUCAAGACGUACGCUACCAGCUCUUGUCCAGCUACGAAGAGGACGAUGUGGAGCACGUGUAUCUGUCGUCGGACUAG